CACACACACACCCUCAACCUCGCACGCCUACACAACACUCAUUGUGUGUCUGUGGAGGAAACCCACAGCGUAUCAAUCGGAUCAAUUCGCCCGAUGUCUCUCUGAUGGAGCCCCCUCUCUCUCUGGCUCCGGAGCCCUUCCUCCUCCCUCCUGGCUCUCUGCCUCUCUCCUGCCUGACGCGAGGAGCUCACAGCACCGGCUAGUAUCUCCAGCUGGCCCUCCUCUCUCUGUCCAGAGCUCAGCCCAGCCCAGCCCGGCCACAACCCCAACUCCAGCCUCCCGCCGCUGUAAUUAGAUUCAUAGACCGGAGGAGCUCCAGCAGCAACAGCAGCAGCAGCAGAGGAGAGAGAGCAGUAAGCGGAGCUCUGACACUGGGGGAGAGAAGUGCGGAGCUGCCGGCAUACUGUAUGCAGAGGGAUGGAUGUUCAGAGUGCUCCACAUGCCUAAUACUCUCUGGGGCCACAUGUGAGUCGGACUGUAGCUAUACAGUACGUGCCUGAACGUGCAACUGAAAACAGACCUGGAGGGGGCCUUUACAGUGGAACGACUGCUGAGCUGACAAAGACCAUGACCCAACGCGGCCAGGAGGAUUUAAAGCUGGCCUCUUUGUGAGGUGAUGUGUGUAGACGUUGCAGGUGUGUGCAUGUAUGUUUCGUGUGAGACGUCUCCUGAACUUGACAUCAUUCCCGACUUGCCUUUUUUGACCCGCGUGUACACACCAUACGUGAGAUUCUAGUCGCCGUGGCAGCAAAGGCGUCAACCCACCUCCCCCCCUCCGUUGCUCUUUCUGGAGAGCCAAGGUUCCCGAGGGAGCCUCCAACACAACCAACACACGCGCAUUUGUAGCUGUCGCCAACAACACUCACACAACGAGCUGAGGGGCAACAUGUGGACUACUGCCCCCCUGAGGGACUAGAAUCAUCCCAUGACGGUACCGCCCGCGCCCACAGAGGAUCAUGGGAAUGUGCUCAGACUGAGACCAAAGACUGCCUGUGCCUGUUCCGAAUAACUGUUCCUCUGUAGCCACAUGUUGAGCUUGCUGUCGUGACAUCCUCCGAUCGCUGCCAAAGAACUGCCACCAGCAUCAGGACAAUUACUACAACCUACGACUCCUCCAGCGGCUUCUGUUACAGCUGUUCUUGCCCUGCUGCCGCAACAGGAGGAAAGUCGGACAUCAAUAAUCCAUGUGGCGGCUUUCAGGGAAAAUACUGGAGCAUGGUUUUUUUUAUUUUAUUUUUUUAAUGCUCUGCGCCGUUACUGACGUGGAAAUCUCAGUCCAGAUAGAUCACUCCCCCGUGGCCAGGCUGCACGUGACCGCACAGGACCUGCUGACGAUGGAGCCGGUGUUUGUAUCCCGCUACCGGUGAUGCGCGGAUCGUUCGCUCACUCCCUGUACACACACACACACACACCGCAGGAGUGCGUGUGAGAGAGUGCAAGGAGGGAGAGUGAGUGAGUGUGUGUGUGUGAGUGUGUGUUCGUCUACACUGCUGCAGCGUCUGCGUAGCUUGAGAGAUCUCCGUUGGCAUUUUUGCAGUGGACCUCGGGAGCUGAUUUCUCGUCCAAUAAUUGUGCCAAAGAGUCCCGCAGUUAUUUGUUGAAGCUGUGGAACAGUGGACUGUGGAAGAAAAUUCCAAUGGAAACUAACACACUCUCAGGUAGGGCAUAACUUAUCUAGUAUCUGCACUGCCUAAAUUAGGAGAGAGAAGGAAAGAGAGAGAGUCAGAGAGGGAAAGAGAGGAAGAGAGAGAACAUCGGCAGCAGAAAUUAAAUUUUUCAUGAGGAGAGCAGCUGCAUAUGUUCUGCGGCGUGUCCUUGAAUUGAGGAGAACCCAACUGCCACUGUCCGUGCCACACGUGAGAGGGUCAUUCGUGGCAUUCGGCUGACUGAGGAAAAAACGACGAGAGAGAGAGAGAGAGAAAGGAGAGGAGAGAGAGACUAAUCAACAGGAGGAGAAUAUGUGGGUCUGCUGAAUUGGUGCAUGCAAGCCUGCUGUUCUGAAUAUCUAAAGACCAGACUGACGGAAGCAACCUAACCAACGGACUGUAUCAAUGAAAUAGUUCUCCGCUUGUCCACGGCCUGUUUGACAUUAUCUGUCUCCUCACAUUUCUAUACGUGUUAUCUGUCUUCUCACACUCCUGACGCUCUCGCUAGCCACACACACCAGCUCUCUCUGAUCUCUGUAAUGACACACGCCUCCCCCAGGGCGUGGGUGAGAAAGAGCUCUUGCUGAGCUGCUCUCUGUGAGAAGGACAGACAGACUGACGGACGGCGAUGGGGAGCUCCCUGGGGUGUGUGAAGGAGCCGCGGGAGGGGGCUCGGCAGGGCACCGCUCCCCUGUCCCCGACCCGCCUCCGCUUCCCAAGAAAAUCAAAAACGGGCCGGGCGGGUGAGGAGGAAGGAGAGAGGGUGCAGAGUCCAGAGGAGAAGGAGUUGGCGGCGGUGGAGGAGGAGGAGGUGGCCGUUGGACCGGACGAGGCUCCCAGCCUAUCGGAAAGCGCCGGCUUCUCCGAGACCCCGAGAGGGACUGAGCUGAGACCUCCGUCAGUGAUGGGAACCGUGAUUGAGGGGAGUGUGGGGUCAGUGCGGGGCAGCCGGAUCGCCAUUUUGUCCCCCGACCCCAGUCCUGCGUGGGCUGGAGCCUUCCACCGAACGGACCGGCCCGAGAGGGCAGGGGAUGAGCACGCGUCCGCCGACCCCCCUCAGGGCAGUGCCACUCCGGGAGGGGGCCGGGUGUGCCGCGUCCGGCAGCGUGUGCAAGGGGUGCCGGAGAGACCGCGCAUUGUCAAAGCCCGGCCGCCUGGGAAAGAAGAGGACCGAGCACAGCCUGAGCAGAGUGAGGAAGAGGAGGGGCCAGAAGAGGAAGAGGCGGAGCUAACCGAGGAAGAGGCGCAGAUUGCCGCAGGCGGUCAGGACCCUCGGCCCACAUCCUCAAGGAAGGAGCGCAAAGGCGUGGUGCACAUCCGGGAGGUGGGGGGCCGCCUGUGUGUGGUGCGGACGGUGUACCCAAGCGACUACGGCUCUCCGGUCUGGGGGGCAGGGAGGGGGCUGGAGGUGCAGGCCGAGCCCCCGGCAGCGUCCCCCGAGCAGGGAGGGGUCCUGCGGGUGCGUCUGAACGAGACGCAGGGGAGGGCGGUAGCGGAAGUGAGGGACGACACCCCCGUGGUGGCGCUGCACGACAAGGACGCCCCGUCUGCGCUGCAGGACCCCCAGUCCUCGGGCUACGUCAGCGAUGCGCAGCUCACCUCCACAGAGACAGGGGGCGCCCUGCAGACAGACUUUGGGGGGUUCACCAGCAGCUCCUCUGACAUGCUGGACUCGUCUGUGUUAGAGAGUCCGCUCUCACCUGCAGACAAGCCAGCCAGCGCCAACACCCAGAUCUCAGAGAUUUAUGUGAGCGGGGAGUCAGCUGACCUGACAGCAAAGGAGAAGCUGUUGCUAUGGAGCCAGCAGGCUACAGAGGGCUACCCCGGCCUCCGCUGCACCAACUUCAGCUCCAGCUGGAACGACGGACGCAUGUUCAAUGCACUGCUGCACAGAUACAGGCCUGACCUGAUCGACAUGGAAGUGGUGGCACGGCAGAGUAGCCGUGACAACCUAGAGCAGGCCUUUGAGAUUGCCGAGUCGCUCGGGGUAACCCGCCUGCUGGAUGCAGAAGAUGUGGACGUGCCUUCUCCAGAUGAGAAGUCCGUCAUCACAUACGUCUCUUCCAUCUACGAUGCCUUCCCCAAGAUCCCAGAGGGAGGAGAUGGCAUCGCCGCACACGACGUGGACCAGCGAUGGGCAGAGUACCAGUCUCGCUUCUCGUCUCUGCUGCAGUGGACACGCCAGCACACCAGCCUCAUGGCCAACAAAAACUUCCCUCAGAACCCUGUCGAGCUCAAGGCACUUUACAAUGAGUACGUCCAUUUCAAAGAGACAGAGAUCCCCAACAAGGAGCUGGAGAAGGGUCACAUUGAGCACCUUUACAAGCUGCUGGAGGUGUGGAUAGAGUUUGGGCGCAUCAAGCUGCCGGCAGGGCUUCACCCUAACGACCUGGAGGAGGCGUGGGGCAAGCUGAUCCUGGAGAUGCUGGAGAGGGAGAAGGCCCUGCGGCCGGCCGUCGACCGGCUCGAGCUCCUGCUGCAGGUCGCCAACAAGAUCCAGAAUGCUGCGCUGGACUGCGAGGAGAAGCUGACACUCGCCAAAAACACGUUACAGGCGGACAUGUCUCAGCUGGAGAGUGGUGGAAACGUGCGCUGCGAGCAGGAGCUGGCCGUCUACCUGCAGGACUGUGAGGCUCUGAUCCGACAGCUGAACGUGGACCUGCAGAUCCUCCGAGACGAGAAGUACUACCAGGUGGAGCAGCUAGCCUUCAGGAUAUCGUGCCUGCAGGAGGAGCUGGUCUCCCUGCGCCUGCAGUGCGCCAGUGUCUACAGGAAAGGACACUUUUCGGCCGGGUUAGUCCCGGGCGAAGCGCCCCUUCAAAGUCGCUCCGGGAGGGACGCCCUCUCAUUGGCCGGUCAAACCUUGCUGGGCGCCGCAGCAGGCGUAGCCAGCCUCCUUCGACGACCAAUGAGCCGCUCUGAGCUGGUGGCGAUGUCAUCAUCAGAGGACGAGGGAAGCCUGAGGUUCAUCUAUGAACUGCUCGGAUGGGUGGAGGAAACACAGGACCUGCUGGAACGGGCAGAGUGGGGUGCAGACUUGCCGUCUGUGGAGCAGCACCUGCAGGACCACCACAGCAUACACACAGCUGUCCAAGAGUUAUUACACAGCCUGAAGGAGGCCAGGAACUAUGAGUCGAGCGUCUCCCCUAAUUUCCGUAGCAGUUACUCAGAGACCUUAGCCAAACUGGAACACCAGUAUUGCAAAUUACUGGAACACUCGUCAUGGCGACUGCGUUGCCUGGAGAGCCUCCGUUCGUUUGUGUCGCGGUGCACAGAGGAGCUGAUCUGGCUGAACGAGAGGGAGGAGGAAGAGAUCUCCUAUGACUGGAGUGAAAACAAUAACAAUAUGGCUUCCAAAAGGGAGCAAUAUGCUGAGACAAGGGCAGAAGUGGAGGAGAAGCAGGAAGUGAUGUGCUCAUUACAGGAAACAGCAGACCAACUCUGUCUGGAAAAUCACCCAGCCAAGCAGACUGUGGAGGCCUACAGUGCUGCCUUACAGACUCAGUGGCAGUGGGUGCGGCAGUUGUGUGUAUGUGUGGAGCAGCACCUGAAAGACAACACAGCCUACUUCCAGUUCAUGGGUGAUGCACGGGACUGUGAGAGUUACCUGCGACAGCUGCAAGACUCCAUUAAGAGGCAGUACACCUGUGACAAGAACAGUAGACUGAGCCGCCUGGAAGACCUGCUGCAGGACUCCAUGGAGGAGAAGGAACAGCUGAUUGAGUACCGCAGCUCAGUGGCCAGCCUGGUGGGCCGGGCCAAGACAGUGGUCCAGCUCCGCCCCCGUGGAUCAGAAGGAACCCUGGGAACAACCACACCCAUCCGAGCCAUCUGUGACUACCGGCAGAUUGAGGCCAGUGUUCAGAUCACCAUUUCAAAGGGAGAGGAGUGUGUGUUGGAGGACAACUCCCAGCGCACUAAGUGGAAGGUCAUCAGCCCCAGUGGAAAUGAAGCCAUGGUACCGUCUGUGUGUUUCACCGUCCCACCACCCAACCAGGAGGCCAUCGAUACUGCGGGCCGUAUGGAACAGCUGUACCAGAAUGUGAUGUCUCUAUGGCAUCAGCUGCAUAUCAACAUGAAGAGCGUGGUCUCCUGGCACUACCUACAGAAGGACAUCAGGAACAUCUCCUCAUGGAAUCUGGACACGGUGCGCUCGCUAUCCUCAGCAGAGCGGCAGCAGCCCUUGGAGAACCUGGACGCUCACCUGGGAGACUUCCUGUCCGACAGCAAGGAGAGCUCUCUUUUCACCCCUGCAGAGAGGCGGGAGCUCGAGAGGGAGGUGGACGACUGCAGGAAACACUGCCAAUCACUGUUUGUCUCUAUGGAGACAGUUGAGAAGGAUGAGUCCAUCUCCCGUUCCUACCUGUCGGAGCUGCAGAGCAUCAAGUCUCACCUGGAGGAGGCGGAGCAGAGACUGAUGCGCGGCAUGCAGACGCCGCCCCCUAGCAACCUGAGUGGGGAUGUGGAGGACAACACAGUACAGAUUGCAGAGCAGGAGAAGCUGCAGCAGGAUCUAUCCGGUCUGCGCACCAAUCUGGGUGACGUGUCCCGGAAAUGCGUGAGCUUCUUCGAGGAGAAGCCGUCCUCGUUGUCCGUCCCCAUUCUGCGGUCCGAACUGAACCUGGCCGUGGAGCAGAUCGACCGGCUCCACUCUCUCUCCUCCGUCUAUCUGCAAAAGCUGAAGACGGUGGAUGUGUUGAUGCGUAGCCUGCAGACAGCGGAGUCUCUGGUCAGAAAGCAUGAGAGCCGACUGAGUGAGGAGGACUCUGUACCUGCAGACACACAGGCUAUACAGACACUGAGGGAGCAGCUACAGGGCUGGCAGAGGGAGUUGGCCGAGCAGGAGCCGGUGUUUGAGGCGCUGAGCAGCGAGGUGCAGCAGGCUCGUGAGGCCGGACACCAGCUCAGCCAGCUCCACCCUGACCGCAGCCCUGAGCUGGAGCGUUGCCAGGAGAGAGCCAGUCAGCUGAGCGAGAGGUGGAGCGGGGUCCGCAGACAGAUCGAGACGCGGCAAGUGGAGCUGGAGGCUCUGGGCUCUGCGCUGCAGCAGUACAGGGAGAACCACUCGUCUCUGAUCCGCUGGAUCGAGGAGACCACAGAGCGGCAGGAGAACACGCACCCUGGACAGACAGACAGCAAGGCCCUGUCCGAGCAGCUUGCCCAGCAGACGGCACUGGUGGCUGAGAUCGAAAGGAACCAGACCAAACUGGAUGAGUGUCAGACACAUUCUAAACAAUAUUGCACAGCUGUCAAGGACUAUGAGCUGCAGCUGAUGACCUUCAGAGCGUUUGUGGAGUCGACCCAGAAGACCCCAGUGAAGAGGAGGAGGAUGCACUCUUCGUCAGACACCAUUACACAGGAGUUCAUGGACCUCCGCACACGCUACACAGCCCUGGUUACCUUGACAACACAGCAUGUGAAGUACAUCAGUGAUGCCCUGAGGAGACUGGAGGAGGAAGAGAAAGAGGUGGAGGAGGAGCGCCAGGCCCGGGUGGGGCAGGUGUCUGAGCUACUGGGUUGGGUCAAAGGCAUCCAGGAACGAGCCCAAGUCGUCGAAAGGUCACAUGACCAGGACCCUAAAUCAUCACUGGCAGCACAGCAGGGCAUCAAUGAGCAGCUCGCUGCCAAGAAAGAGGAGGUCGCUGAGGCCAUCCGGAACACUGAGGUGUUCCUGCUGUCUAAACAGGCCAGCAUGUUGUCUCCAGAGGAGCGUGCUCAGGUGAAUGCCCAACUGGAGGAGCUCACCUCCACCUACAACCAGCUGUGCGACAGCUCCGCCCAGCAGGUGCAGCAGUUGGAGGAAACGCUGGCCAAGGAGGAGCAGCGCAAGGUGGUCCAGCAGCAGAAGGCGGAAUGUUCCCAGAAGUUAGAAGGCCUGUCCAUGUGGUUGGCUGGAGCAGCCAGCCUAUUGGCCAGUCAGAAGAAGGUUGGAGCAGAGUCUGGAGAUGUGAAUGAGCUGCAGCAGAGACAGAAGGAAUUGAAGGAUGUGCAGAAAGACCUUAAGACCAAAGGAGAGUCUGUGAUGGAGGCCAUUCGCUCAGUGGAGGAGUUCCUGGCUGAGCGUGGGGACAGCCUGAGCCCAGAGGAGCGUGCCAACCUGCAGGGGGCGCUAGCCCGCAUGAAGGAGCAGUACCACUCACUGACCGACACCACCCACUCAUCGCUGGCCCAGCUGGACACGGCCAUCAGCACCACGGUCCAGCAGAACACACAGAGAGCAAAGGCAGUAGAGGACUUGCAGGAAACUCAGGGGAAAAUUAACUCGCUGCUGGAGGAGCUGUCCUCAUUGGACCAGCCUGACCGGAGGCGAUCACUCGGAGAAAUGAUCGUCGAUUCUGCAUCCUCCCCUCCAUCACAGGGCAGCCUGCAAUCUCACAGUGGCAUGCUACAGGCGGAGCUGCAGCAGCUUCAGGAGCAGCAGGCGCACCUGCUGCAGGUGUCGCAGUCGGCACGUGAGCUGCUGGCCCAGCCGGACUCCGCCGUGCCCCCGGAGGAGAAGCAGCGUCUCCGCUCCCAGCUGGACCAACUGCAGAGCGAGCACCAGGAGCGGCUACAGCGCUGCCAGGACCAGCUGCGCCGUGCCGACGCCCUGCAGGACGAGCACGCCAAGUUCCUGCAGGAGCACGGAGACCUGGCCGCCUGGCUGGAACUGAGCGAGGGUCAGCUCCGCUCCCUGGGGGAAGGAGAAACCAACGCACAAGGGCUUAAGGAAAGACUAGAAGAGCACAAAAAGUUGGCGGAGGACGUGAUCUGUCACAAAGCAGACCUGCGCUUCGUGUCCAUCUCAGGUCAGAAGGUCCUGGACUCAGUCCAAGGGGCUCUGGAGAGGGUUGGUGGGGAGGACCCAGCUCUAGAAGAGACCAAACAAAUAGUCAGCGAUCGGCUCCAGGAUGCCACACAGCGUUACAGUGCACUACACAGCAAGUCCUCUGACCUGGGCUCCCGUCUGAGUGGACUCCUUGACCGGUACCAGCAGUACCAGGACGAUGCAGGUUUACUUGAGACAUGGUUGACAGCACAGGAGAAGACCCAGAGCAGCCUGAAGCUCAGUGGAGAAAACACAGACACACAGGCUCUACAGAAUUCACUACGUGCUAUACAGCUGUUACAGGACGAGCUGGCGGAACGCUCCCUGCAGCUGGAGAGGGUGAAGAGGGCAGGCCACGAUCUGACCAGUACUCAGGAGACGCCCACCCUCAAGGCAGCGGACGUCCUCAGCACCACAGAGCGUCUGGAGGGUCGUUUUGGCUCUCUGUCGGAGUCGGCGUCGGCCCGUGCAGAGCAACUCCAGACCGCCGUGGCCCAGUCGGUCAGCGUUCAGGAGGGUCUGAGGACGCUGCUCUCCUGGUUGAAUGGGCUUGCAUUGGCUCCAGGUCCAGUUCAGCCCACGGUCAAAGCCGUGCAAGAGGCACUCACUCAGAACCAGAAACUGCGUCAGGAGCUGCUGUCCCACCAGGGCAGUGUAGAUUCGACGCGCGACUCCGUGUCCAGACUCCUUCAGACAUCAGAUGCCACGGCGGCCUCCAGCCUCCAGGGGGAGCUGCAGGAGCUGAGCCAGCGCUACAGCUCGGCCCAGUCCCAGCAGAUGGAGCGGGAGGUGGAGCUCCGUGAGCUCCUGCCCAAGUUGGAGAGCUUCGAGCGCCUCAAUGGCGACCUGCGCAGCUUCGCCCAGAACCACCAGAGGGCGCUCAGCCCCGCAGGACAGCCAGACCGCAGUGUGGAGGAUUACAGACAGACCAUAGAGGGCAUAAGAUCGGACCUUACACAGGAGGCCGGCCAGCUGAAGUCAUUUGUGGAUCUGGGGAAAGACCUCAGCCAGUCGGCUACCCUCACAAACACACAAAGCCUUUUAGACGCAACCAAAGAGGUGGCUGAUGAGUUCACCCUGCUGGAGGCCAAUGUCAAUGACCGGUUCAACACUCUGCAGAACUGUGAACAGCAGCUGGCCCAGUUCCGCUCGCUCUCCGGCUCCCUCCUCAGGUGGCUGCAGGCAUCGCAGGAGCAGCUGCCUGCCAAAGAGCCCAGCCUCAACACUGAGGCGCUGCAGAGGAGAGCACAGCAGCUGGAGGAGCUGUUGGACCAGUGGAAGGCCCAGGGUGGGCGUGUGCAGGAGCUGAGUGGCAGCAGUGCCGAGCUGGAGAGCCUCAUCAUCAGCAUCACCACCCCCCACGGCAAGACCGGUGUGCCACAGGUUAAUGGUGCCAGCAGCCCCAGCAGUGUCAAUGGCAUACACACCUGUAAAGACCUGACCGAGAUCCAAGUCGCCGUGGCAGACGUGACCAGUCGCUAUGAGCAGCUGGGGACGGAGCUGACCCAGAGACUUCAUGCGAGGCGUCGCUGGAGCUGGCGUGGCCGGCACGUCUUGGCGGAACUCUCCCAUUGGCUGAGCGAACGCGAGCAGAGCCUGGCUGUCGGGCAGGCUGCCUCCCCAUCACGGCCGGAGGUGGUGCGGGUCCAGGCGCAGGAGAACAAGGCACUGCUAUCAGAGCUGGCAGAGCAGUCUGGGAAGGUGGAGGAGCUGAAGGGCACUUUGAAGAAGCUGAUCUCCGAGAACCCAGACUCCCCUGAGGUAGAGACCUGGAAGCAGCAGCUCAGGGACAUUGACUCGCGCUGGGAGAAGGCCAAUCAGACGGCAGCUCAGAGGCAGGCAGAGCUGGAGACGUGUGCUGAUAGGCUGGGCAGUUUUGCGUCGGCAGCCAGUCAACUCGGCCCAUGGCUCAAGGAGAAGGAGCUGAUGAUGAGUGUCUUAGGACCACUGAGCAUCGACCCCAACAUGCUCAACACACAGAAGCAGCAAGUGCAGUUCAUGCUGCGAGAGUUCGAGACACGCAAGCCGCAGUUCCAGCAGCUGACGCAGGCCGCCGAUGGCAUCCUCUCCCCAGCCGAGGCUCCCCAGCAGGACUCCUCGGAGCUGGCGGAGGUGCGUGCCGAGCUGGCCGACAUCUCAAGAAAGUGGGGGAGGGCCUGACAUCGCUGCCGGGCAAAUGGCCGCGAGCAGAUCGAGAGCGCCCAGGGCACCAGCGAGCGGCUGCAGGGCCUGCUGAAGGAGCUCGGGGAGCGCGUGGGGACGCUGGCCGAGACUGGACGUGCAGGGCUCGCUGAGCCCAGCCCGGCGCCAUCAGCCGACGGGCUGCAGGAGACGGAGAGGGUGCCCGAGCUGGAGCACCAGCGUCAGAUGGCCGAGGCCCAGAAGCUGUGCGACGAGCUGAGCGGCAUCGUGGCCGAACCCUACCUCCGCGACGAGCUUCAGAAGAGACUGGGGAGUGUCAGUGGGCCCCUCAGGAAUCUGGAGGAGAGAGCUGCGGAUGGCCUAUCACAGCUGCAAGCUGCUCUCUCCAGCACGCAGCAGUUCCAGCAGAUGUUUGACGAGCUGCGCAGCUGGCUGGACAAGAACGAGGGGGUCACGCAGACGGGCGCAGACGCCCUGCCGUGCCGUCCGGCGGCGCUGCGAGAGCUGCUGUCCCAGCACGAGGAGCUCCAGCGAGGCGUGGCCCAGCAGAGGGGUCACUACGAGCUCAUCCAGGCCGAGGGGGCCACCCUGCUGGCCUCACUGCCCCCUGGUGGUGAGGAGCGGGCAGCGCUGCAGGCCAGACUGACCACACUGAGACAAGACUGGGACAGGAUGAACCAGCUGCUGAACGAGCGACAGGCCCGGCUGAAGGAGACACUGGCCCGGGCCGACCAGUACCAGCAGCAGCAGAGCGACCUGGAGCCGUGGCUGGCCGAGAGUGAGAGGCGCGAGGCGGAGGUGCGGCCGGCGCUGGACGCGGCGUCCCUGGACGAGGCCCUGCAGGCGGUGCGGCAGCUCGGGCUGGACCUGGACCGCCGCCGGCCACAACUCGACACGCUGAACACCGCCGCCGACCAGCUGCUGGAGCUGAGCCGCGCCGGCGAGGAGGAGGUGCGCUGACGCAGAAGGUUUCCAACCGCUUUGGCCGACGGCCUGUCCGAAGGCUGUAGGUCAGCCUCCCACCAGCUGGAGGAGCUGACCGGGCGGCUGCGGGAGUUCGAGGACGGCCGGCAGGCGGUGGAGCGGCGGCUGGAAGCCGCACGGCACCAGAUCGAAGUCCAGGAGGCGCUGGGGCCGCAGGCGUGCAGCCAGAAGAGCCUGGAGCGUCUGCGCAGCCAGCAGGAGGCGCUGCACUCGCUGGCCUCACAAUUGUCCUACCUGAAGGACCUGGCCCACGGCCUGGUGCAGGACGCUCCGCAGACCACAGGGGCUGCCGUCGCCGAGGGAGCCCAGAGACUACAGCAGCAGGCCCAGGACACAGAGAGAGAGUUUGGAGACGUCAACGAGAAGCUUGAACAGUGCUGUUCGUCUCUGGAGUCACGUCUUCAUGGCGUUGGUGAGGUGCAGUCGCGCGUGCGCGACGUCUUCUCCCGCCUGGCCGACCUGGACGACGAGCUGGACGGCCUGAGCCCGGUGGGGCGCGACGCCGACUCGCUGGCCUCGCAGGCGGAGGCGGUGCGGGGCUUUCUGGGGCGCGUGGCGGCGCUCCGCGGCGACCUGGAGGGUCACGGCGGCGACUGCACGGCCAUGCUGCGGCGCGAGGGCAGCUCGCCCGAUCUGCUGGCGCCCGCCCCGGUGACCGAGGGCGCGGGCAAGCUGGCCGAGAGGGGACAAAGGCUACCGGGGCAGAUCGAGGGUGCCAGCGAGCGCGUGCACGACUUCUAUGAUCACGUGGGCAAGCUGCAAGGCUUGCUGGGACAUGCAGAGGACAGCUUGGCAGCGCAGGGUGCCGUGGGAACAGAGGUGGAGGUCAUCAAGCAGCAGCUGCAGGACUUCAAGGCUCUGGAACGGGAGCAGGUGGACAGCAUCCAGCCCAAGCUCCAGCAUGUGAAUGCGGUCGGCCAGGGUCUUAUUCAGAGCGCAGCCAAACACACUGACACGCAGGCGCUAGAGCAUGACCUGGAGACGACAAACCUGCGCUGGAACUCACUCAACAAAAGGGUGGCUGAACGCAUUGCCCAGCUCCAAGAAGCACUAUUGCAUUGUGGGAAGUUCCAGGAUGCACUUGAGCCUCUGCUGAGCUGGCUCAGUGACACGGAAGAGCUCAUAGCCAAUCAGAAGCCUCCAUCAGCGGAGUACAGGGUGGUCAAGGCACAGAUCCAGGAGCAGAAACUCCUGCAGCGUCUCCUUGACGACCGGCGGGGCACUGUGGAGAUGAUCCGGGCAGAGGGAGCGCGCAUUGCCGUUACCGCGGAGACGCAGGACCGAGACAAGAUCCAGAAACAGCUGGAGAGUCUGGGCCAGAGGUGGUGUGACCUGCUGGAGAAGGCCAGCGCCAGGCAAAGGCAGCUGGAGGAGUUGCAGGUGCUGGCUCUGCAGUUCCACGAGGCAGUGGAACCUCUCGGGGAGUGGCUUAGUGCCACAGAGAGGCGCCUCACCACAGCCGAACCAAUGGGAACCCAGACCUCCAAAAUCACCCAGCAGAUCGCUCGGCACAAGGCCCUCAAAGAGGAAAUUACAUCACGGGGGGUGGAGGUUCAACACCUGGAGUCUGUGGGCCAAUCACUGACCCCACUGAGCAGCCCCGCAGACUGCGAUUGGCUGCGGGAACGUGUGGGGGCGGUGCGCACUGGGCACAGUGAGCUACUCGAUCGGUGUUUGCGGCGAGAAGCCAUGCUGGACCAGGCGCUGGCUAACGCCCAGCUGUUUGGCGAGGACGAGGUUGAGGUGCUGAACUGGCUGGCUGAGGUGGCCCAGAGGCUGGCCGAGGUGUCAGUCCAGAGCUACCUGCCUGACCAGCUAGCCCAGCAGCACAAACACACACUGUCCCUGAAUGAGGAGAUCGUCAGUAGAAAGAAGACUGUUGACCAAGCCAUUAAGAAUGGACAGGCCCUACUGAAGCAGACUACAGGCGAGGAGGUGCUGUUGAUUCAGGAGAAGCUGGACGGCAUCAAGAGCCGCUACGCUGAGAUGACCGCCGGGAGCAGCAAGGCCCUCCGCACACUCGAGCAGGCUCUGCAGCUUGCCACGCGGUUCGCCAGCGCCCACGAGGACAUCAGCCAGUGGCUGGACUCCGUGGAGACAGAGCUCAACAACAUGGAGCCAGACAACACGCCAGCCUAUCAGGACAGACAGAAGGAGCUGAAGUGCGUGGGCGCAGAGAAGCGUCUGGUUCUGGACACGGUGAACGAGGUCGGCAGCGCCCUGCUGGACCUGGUGCCAUGGAGGGCCCGGGAGGGGCUCGACCGCCUGGUGGCCGACGCUAACCAGCGCUACCGCCAGGCUGACGAGACCAUCGCCCAGAGAGUGCAGCAGGUUCAAGCUGCCAUCCAGAGGUCACAGCAGUAUGAGGAGGCUAUUGACGCUGAGCUGACCUGGCUCGGGGAGACGGAGCGUAAGUUGGUGUCCUUAGGACCCCUCAGCCUGGAGCCAGACGUGACUGUGGCCCAGAUGCAGGUCCAGAGGGCCUUCAACAUCGACAUCAUCCGCCACAAAGACACCAUCGACCAGCUGAUCAACACCCGAGAGGACAUCCUGGAGACGUGCAGCGACCAGCAGAAAGACACGCUGAAGGUGAAGACCGACUCGCUGAGUGCGCGGUACGAAGCAGUGAGCCAGAGCCACUCGGAGCGGUUCUCUGCACUGGAGCAGGCCCAGGUUCUGGUGGCCCGGUUCUGGGAGACCCACGAGGAGCUGGACCCCUGGCUGGGUGAAACUGAAGCGAUGAUCAGCCAGCUCCCCCCUCCAGCCAUCGACACCGAGGCCCUGCGUCAGCAACAGGACCAGAUGAGGCUGCUGAGGGAGUCCAUUGCUGAGCACAAGCCCCACAUCGACAAGCUUCUCAAGAUCGGCCCACAGCUGGCUGAGCUGAGCGCACAGGAGGGGGCGACAGUGAGGCAGCGCUACACCAGCGCAGAGCAGCGCUACCAGGCCAUCAAGCAGGAGGUCAAAGGUCGGGCUGCUGCUCUGGACGAGGCCGUAUCUCAGUCCACUCAGCUGGUAGAGUUCCAUGAUAAGAUGGACCCCCUGCUGGAGACUCUGGAGGGGGCCGUGCAGAGGCUUAGGCUGCCCCCGCCGGUGGCCGCCGAGGUGGACAAGAUCCGGGAGCAGCUGGCCGAUCAUCGUGCCCAAGGGGUGGAGCUGGACAAACUGCUGCCCUCGUUUAGCGCCCUGUGUGCCCGCGGGGAGGAGCUGAUCACGCGCGCCUCACACAACGACCCUGCCGCUCAGGCGGUGCGUGCUCGUCUGCUGCGUCUCCGCUCUCUGUGGGAUGAGAUCCGUCAGCGGGCGGAGGAGCGCGAGGGCAAGCUGACGGACGUGCUGGACCUGGCCGGAAAGUUCUGGGCCGACAUGGCGGCGCUGCUCAGCACGCUCCGAGACUCGCAGGACAUCGUGAAGGAACUCGAGGACCCCGGCGUCGACCCGUCGCUUAUCAAACAGCAAAUCGAGGCGGCAGAGGCGAUAAAGGCAGAGACUGACGGUCUGAGGGAGGAGCUGGAGAUUGUGCGAACCCUCGGCGCUGACCUCAUCUUCGCCUGCGGAGAGACAGAGAAGCCUGAGGUCAAGAAGACCAUUGAUGAGAUGAAUGCGGCGUGGGAGGGCCUGAACCGCACGUGGCGUGAGAGAAUGGAGCGGCUGGACGAGGCAAUGACCGCCUCAGUGCAGUACCAGGAUGCUUUGCAGGGCAUGUUUGACUAUCUGGACAACGCUGUGAUCAAGCUGUGCGAUAUGCCUCCGGUGGGGACAGACCUGAGCACUGUCAAACAGCAGAUAGAAGAACUCAAGCAAUAUAAAGUGGAGGUGUAUCAGCAGCAGAUCGACAUGGAGAAGCUUUGCCACCAGGGGGAGCUGUUGCUCAAGAAAGUGACGGACCAGACAGACAAAGACAUGAUCCAGGAGCCGUUGACUGAACUGCGCCACCUGUGGGACAACCUGGGCGAUAAGAUCACACUCAGACAGCACAAGCUGGAGGGCGCCCUGCUGGCCCUGGGACAGUUCCAGCACGCUCUCUCCGAGCUGCAGGCCUGGCUGAGCCACACUCACGCCACACUGGACACCCAGAGGCCCAUUGGCUCCGACCCCAAAGCCAUCGAGAUUGAGCUGGCCAAGCACCAUGUCUUGAGAAACGAUGUGCUGUCGCAUCGCUCCACGGUGGAGACGGUGAGCGGCGCUGGCUCGGAGCUGCUGGAGUCGAGCCCCGGGGACGAGGCCAGCCACCUGAGAGACCAGCUGGACGAGCUCAACUCCAGCUGGGCCCAGCUCCUCCUCAAGGCCGAGGAGAGACAGAAACUUCUGGAGGCCGCUCUGCAUCAGGCGGAGGGUUUCCAUGGUGAGCUGGAAGAGUUUCUGCAGUGGCUGCGGCGGACAGAAAGCCAGCUGUCUGCUGCCAAACCGACUGGAGGCCUUCCUGAGACGGCCCGCGAGCAGCUACAACAACACAUGGAGCUGCAGGAGCAGCUGAACCAGCGGGGUGAGAUGUACCACCGGCUACUGGACCAGGGCGAAUCCAUGCUCCUGGCCCGUGGCGGGGACGAUGGCGGACCCGGCGCCACCCAGACCCAGCAGAACCUGGCCAUGCUGCAGAACAAGUGGGCCAGCCUCAACACCAAGAUAGACGACAGAAGGGCUAAACUGGAUGAGGCGGUCUCACUGGCCACAGGCUUCCAGUCUUCUCUGCAGGACACCAUCAACUGGCUGACCCAAGCAGAACAGACCCUUAACAUGGCCCAGCCCCCCAGCCUCAUUCUGGACACCGUGCUCUUCCAGAUCGAUGAACACAAGGUGUUUGUGAACGAGGUGAACACCCAUCGUGAGCGGGUUCUGGCCCUGGAGAAAGCCGGCUCUCAGCUUCGUUUCGCCAGCCUGAAGCAGGACGUGGUUCUGAUCAAGAACCUCCUCCUGAGCGUGCAGGCGCGCUGGGACAAGCUGGUGCAGCGGUCGCUGGACCGGGGCCGACACCUGGACGAGGCCCGCAAGAGGGCCAAACAGUUCCAUGAGGCCUGGAGGAAGCUGUCGGACUGGCUGGAGGAGGCAGAGAGCAGGCUGGACUCCGAGCUGGAGAUCUCCAACGAGCCCGACAAGAUCAAAGUGCAGCUGGCCAAGCACAAGGAGUUCCAGAAGGCUCUGGGCUCCAAGCAGCCGGUGUACGACACCACGGUGCGCUCGGGCAGGGCCAUGCGUGACAAGGCCUCCCUCGCCGACGACACCCAGAAGCUGGACCACCUGCUCGGGGAGGUGCGGGACAAGUGGGACACCGUCUGUGGCAAGAGUGUGGAGAGGCAGCACAAGCUGGAGGAGGCGCUGCUGUUCUCAGGUCAGUUCGCAGAGGCUCUGCAGGCGCUAGUGGACUGGCUCUAUCGGGUUGAGCCGCAGCUCAGUGAGGACCUAUUCGUGCACGGAGACCUGGACCUGGUCACCAAUCUCAUGGACUCGCACAAGGCCUUCCAGAAGGAGCUGGGAAAGAGGACGAGCAGCGUCCAAGCGCUGAAGCGCUCCGCCCGCGAGCUCAUGGAGACCGGCCGGGAUGACACCGCCUGGGUCAAAGUUCAACUGCAGGAGCUUAGCAACCGCUGGGACACAGUGUGUGCGUUGUCCGUCAGCAAGCAGACGCGUCUCCAACAGGCCCACAAGCAGGCUGAAGAGUUCCGGGUGGCGGUGCAGAGCCUGCUGGAGUGGCUAUCGGAGGCGGAGCAGACACUGCGUUUCCGCGGCGUGCUGCCCGAGGACGUGGAGACGCUGCAGGUGCUCCUGCGCGGCCACCGGGAGUUCAUGCAGACGGUGGAGGACAAGUGGACCGACGUGACGCGCGCCGCCGGCAUGGGCGAGGCCAUCCUGACCGUCUGCCACCCUGACUGCAUCACGACUAUCAAACACUGGAUCACCAUCAUCAGGGCGCGCUUCGAGGAGGUGCUGACGUGGGCCAAACAGCACGAGCAGCGUCUGGACACCGCACUGAAAGAGCUGCAGCACAACGCAUCGCUGCUGGAGGAGCUGUUGUCAUGGCUACAGUGGGCAGAGACCACUCUGGUUCAGCGGGACACGGAGCCCCUCCCUCAGGACAUCCCUCAGCUGAAGUCACUAAUCACAGAGCACCAGGUGUUUAUGGAGGAGAUGACUAGGAAGCAGCCUGAUGUUGAUCGUGUCACCAAAACAUACAAGAGGAAACCAUCCGACACCCCCAGCAGCCUGGCAGAGAGGAGGGGAACUCGUAAACACCAGCAGCAGCAGCAGCAGCAGCAGCCCGCGGUGCAGGUGGCAGGGGGCAACCCUCGGCUCACUCAACUGUGCUCGCGCUGGCAGCAGGUGUGGCUCCUGGCCCUCGACCGCCAGCGGAAACUCAACGACGCCCUCGACAGGCUGGAAGAGCUCAAGGAAUUUGCCAACUUUGACUUUGAUGUGUGGCGGAAGAAGUACAUGCGCUGGAUGAACCAUAAGAAGUCCCGUGUUAUGGACUUCUUCAGACGCAUUGAUAAGGACCAGGACGGCAAGAUCACACGGCAGGAGUUCAUUGAUGGCAUCCUGGCCUCAAAAUUCCCCACCAGUAAGUUGGAGAUGUCUGCAGUGGCUGACAUCUUUGACCGGGAUGGUGACGGCUACAUCGACUACUAUGAGUUUGUGGCAGCGCUGCACCCCAACAAAGACGCCUACCGGCCGACCACCGACGCAGAUAAGAUUGAGGAUGAGGUCACCAGGCAGGUGGCACAGUGUAAGUGUGCCAAGAGGUUCCAGGUCGAGCAGAUCGGAGAGAACAAGUACAGGUUCUUCCUUGGAAACCAGUUUGGGGACUCCCAGUAGUUGCCUGGUGCUGGAUCCUC